AUGGCGACGCGAUCACAUGCUUCCAAGCGCGCUGCGCAAAUUUCAACAAAUACUCGAUCCAAAACGCCCAAGAAACCGGUUCUAGAGAAAGCAAAGAAAACCAUAAAUGCCAAUAAAGAAGACAGAGAUAAUUUACACGAAGAAAAGCCUAUGAAUGUCGAAAAUAUGUUCGAAACGAUUAUGAGCAAGCUGGGUAAAUUAGAUAUUAUUGACGGCCGUAUGAUAUCGAUGGAAUAAGAACUGAAGGAAGUAAUGAAGAAUCUUUAGAAUAUGCAUAUGCUGAAGUUGAAACGCUGAAGAAAGAAAACGCAGAGCCAAAGAAAUCAGACUCGGAGACGAAAGAAAGAUUGGCGAAAGUAGAAGAGCAGAAUUCAGCAUUAAAUAGUCGCGUCAUUGACCUACAAGCAAG